GGCUGAGGGCUAUGAUGGCGGCUCAUCAGUCGCUCCUCUCUGGUUGGAGACGGCUGGUGACUGGGUUCUUGUGGGGCGGUUGGGCUAAGGCUCCAUCCCGCGGGCUUCGGCAGGUCGUAGAAACUACUGAAGGGAGCACCACUAUUAUUGAAGGCAAAGUUCUAGAAGAUGUGGAAGCCCCGGUUCCUCCAAAUCCUUCUGGUCAGUGUCCAAUUUGUCGCUGGAACCUGAAGCACAAGUACACAUAUGAGGAUGUCUUACUUUUAAGUCAAUUCAUACGGAGUGAUGGAUGUAUGCUGCCCCGGAGGAUCACAGGCCUUUGCUACAAAGAGCACAAGAAAAUCACUGUAUGUGUGCAAAUGGCUCAUCGGGCAGGUUUACUGCCAAAUCAUAAGCCUCCACUUCCAGAAGGAGUUCUUCCUAGAAAAAAACUCAACAGGUAUCUUACCCGGUUCUCUGACGUCUCCGUAAAGCCCAUCUGGAACAAAGGCCACAAGUGGUGCAAAGUCCCCAUGCCUAUAUCACACCCCAUACUCAAAGAUAACAUUUACUAUGGACGCAACCCUCCUCGUUUUAAUCACUAAGGUGAAGUGGCAUUUGUUUUAACUGAAACGUAACUGUCCAUGCUGCUUUUCCUCAGGUCCAUUUCAGGUAUUUUCAUUAGUGUUUUCUGCAUAGGGACUAGCUUGUGUAGCUUCCCUGUUGCAAGAAGGUCUGAUGGCUGUUGCUUUAGGAUAUGUUUUCUUCAUUUAAAUCCUUGUGAUGAACUCUAGUGUAGUGUGAUGUCUCUACCUUUAUAUUGUCCUGACAUUCAGAUUAAGAAAUAAUUUAUAAGUCACAAUUCAGCUGAAAUAGUUCAUCUUUCAUAAGCUUUUAAAUUUGUGACUGGUUCUGCAGUUUCUGUAGUGCCACUGGAAAGCUGGUACUGAAAUAUGGAUAAAAAUACACCAGUACAUGCUCACGGGAGGAAUGUUUGCAGCAAUCACAUACACAUUGUACAGCUUCAUCAGUCAUACAUUAUCCUUCAGCAAGUCCCCCUGCUCUUGAAUACAACAUAAUAGCCAAAUUCCUGUGCCAGAACAGACUGAUAAUUAAAUUGAUUUGUGUACUUCAUUGACUUGUAAGAUUUGGAUUUUUUCAUGGAUUGACUGAGAACAUUUUGCUGUGCUCUAGCUGCUGGACAAUAUGAGCCAGAGCACAAGGAA